ACCUUGGUCGAUCUUUAUCACGAUGUCAAAUAUGUUUUAUCUCAUGUUUUUAUCGCCACGCCAGUUUGCAUUUGACACAGUUCGGGGUGACUGGGCUGCUCAACCAAACGAAGAGAUUCAACAAUGUUGGCCAUAACCCUGCUAGUACUGUGUGCUGUGGGCACCCAGGCAUUGGACAAUGGCCUGGCAAGAACGCCCCCUAUGGGCUGGCUCAUCUGGGAGCGAUUCCGCUGCAACACCAACUGCAAACUCGACCCUAAUAACUGUGUCAGUGAAAAACUAGUGAAGGAAAUGGCUGAUCGUAUGGUUGAGGAUGGCUACAAGGAUGUUGGGUAUGAGUACGUCAAUCUGGAUGAUUGUUGGAGUGAUAAGGAACGUGAUGCACAGGGGAGAUUGCAGGCAGAUCCAGACCGAUUCCCCAGUGGCAUCAAGUCAUUGGCUGAUUAUAUUCACAGUCGAGGGUUGAAGAUGGGCAUCUAUGGUGACUACGGCACCAAGACCUGUGCAGGUUACCCAGGCAGCUUGGGACAUCUACAGACGGACGCUCAGACAUUUGCAGAUUGGGGCAUUGACAUGCUGAAGCUGGAUGGAUGCAACUCUAAUGUCACUACUAUGAAGAAAGGUUAUCCAGAGAUGACCAAGUACCUGAAUGCCACCGGUAGACCCAUCCUAUUCUCCUGCAGCUGGCCUGACUAUGAGAGAGCAGCUAAAAUACCUAUCAAUUACACGCUGGUAGCAGACAACUGCAACAUCUGGCGUAACUAUGACGACAUCAAUGACUCCUGGGGUUCAAUCACCGGCAUUAUUGAUUAUUACGACAAGACUCAGGAUACCCUGGUACCGGCUGCUGGGCCGGGACACUUCAAUGAUCCAGACAUGAUUGUUGUCGGUGACCAAGGAAUCAAUGUGAACCAAGCCAAUGCCCAGAUGGCCAUGUGGUCCAUCUUUGCUGCUCCUCUGCUCAUGUCUAAUGACCUACGCAACAUCCAGCCUGUCUACCGUGACAUCUUACAGAAUAAGGAGGUGAUCAGAAUCAACCAGGACCCAGCAGGGAAGAUGGGGAAGAGGGUGCUGACGCUGGGGCCUAAGGUGGACGUUUGGCUGAGACACCUGAAUCCAUGGGAGACAUACGCAAUCGUAUUCCUCAGUCAGGAUACUAGACCUCGCACGGUCUCCCUCAAACUUGAACAGCUGGGACUGACCUACGGAUUUGGGUACCAGUUGAGAGAUGUGAUAAACCACAAGUUCAUAGGAUACUGGACACCUGGGGAAUCUCAUAACUACACCAUGCCGGCAACUGGAGUGCUGAUGAUUUAUGCUUAUGGCAAUGAAUAAGCAAAAGAAAAAGAAGAAUUGGAAAGAACCGUUUCUGAAAGUAGAAGUUUUGAAAUCAUUCACAAAUCAUCUAGCAAUCAAGUUGAAUGCACUCCACAAAUAUUGCAGAAAGAGAUUACUGUUACAAAUGGGCCAGUAUGCAAUAAUAGUGCCUCCAACAAACUGACCCUAAAAAUUAUGAUGUACGGCUCCUCUUAACUUGUAAUAAAGGUUAAAGUUCAUGCAUAUAUACCAUGCUAAAAAUCUCCUUUGUAUGCCUGUGUGCAACAUUUUGCAAACACUUCAAAUUCCUGCUUAUGUUCGGUCAUGCUACUUAUGUAAAUCAUAAGCUAACCAGUAUUUAUCUAGUUUGUAUAAUCAAAAUCUAGUUUUAGAAAUUACAAUUCUAGAGGAUGCCCUUCCCUUUCUGUUUUGCUCCCCCACAUAGCGCGGACCCGGUAUUGAAGUCUGGUUACGGCCACUCAACCUUUGGGACGAGUGGGGAUUGGUUCUUUACAACAGUGCAGCAAAGCCGGGGACAAUCUCAAUGUCUCUGAAAG